AUGCGUAGAGCGCUACGACUUGAGAGCAAUGUUCAUCGGAUUAGUGCGCCUGGAACUGAACGCGCGGUCCUGAUGAGAGACAGAUGGGGACCAGAACGUGGCUCCAUGGUUGCUUUGGAGGCUGACGAAAACGAAACAAGGGUACUGAUUGCCUUUGUCUAUCAACAAGACUCCACAACUCCUGAAUUGGAGAUCGCAUCCUUCAACGGACCUAAAAGCCACGUUAUCGUUGGGUCUGCCGCUGCUGUCGAGAGUCUCGGCGCUAUUCUCUGGCGGAGUCGAAUCGAAUACACAAUGCUCAAUGUCGUGACGUUCAAGGAGCCCAAAAUACCCAUCGAGACGUGUUCCAGGAGUGGGAUGUGGAGCGUACCCACUGCAAAGCUCAUCGCUGACCACACCUGCACGCCAGUAUAUGUAGGAGAUACCGUUGAACGCAUCGAGACGGAUCUCGGACAGGCUACGUGGAUAGAAGCCGGUUCAAACUCAUCCAUAACCGACUACGAAGACGAGUUCUGGACCCAACCAAACGUCCCAGACCACACGGAUGCCUACGCGGAAGAUAAGUUCGACCUCCUUGAUGGAGUUUAUCCUGCGCCAAUCACGGCGUACAACGUCCCGUCCAAGCUGGUGGCCAUGGCUGGUUGGAUAGCUCCGAAAGAUGCGCGGACUCGCAUCGUCCUGCACAUGCACUGGCACGGCCAGACGCUUCCCAUUCUGUUUAGAGGUCUCCCAAGUGCGAAGCAUGCUGGGCGAAUCAAAGAUGCAACAUGGUAG